UCUAAGAUGAUGGUGGUGAUGGUGGCUAGCCAUCCAAACUGUUGCUCAACAGUGAACAUUCUGUAAUGGGCCCUCAUAAACAAUUCUAGUACAAAUAUAACCUUUCAUUCAUUCUACACCUUUUGAGUCAUGUAUUUUUUUACACUCUGUAUUUGCUAAGAUAUGAUAUCCCAUAAGAACCUUGAAAAAAUAGAGGCUAUUAAUAUGGAUGAGAAAUUGCCAGUAUGAAUGGAAGAGUGCUCUACUACAGUGAAGAUACAUAUAUGGGGAUUUGAUUUCAUUGGCUUCAUUUACAUUGCAGAUCUAAAAAGAUGGAUUUGGCCAACCAUGGGCUUAUUCUUCUGCAGCAGCUCAACGCUCAGAGAGAGUUUGGUUUCCUUUGUGACUGCACAGUUGCUAUUGGUGAUGUCUACUUCAAGGCACAUAAAUCUGUCCUUGCUGCUUUUUCCAACUACUUCAAGAUGUUAUUUGUUCAUCAGAGCAGUGAAUGUGUCCGUUUGAAAGCAACUGACAUACAGCCAGAUAUUUUCAGCUAUCUCUUGCACUUGAUGUACACUGGGAAAAUGGCACCUCAGCUCAUAGAUCCAGUUAGAUUAGAGCAAGGCAUAAAGUUUCUGCAUGCCUACCCACUUAUUCAAGAGGCUAGCCUUGCCAGCCAAGGAACCUUUGCACACCCAGAGCAAGUUUUUCCACUAGCCUCUUCAUUAUAUGGUAUUCAGAUUGCAGAUCAUCAGGCAAGAAAUCCGCCAAAGGCAGCCACAGCAGUUGACAAACCUGUGCGAGAACCGAGGCCACAGCCGUCAAGAGUAAACCAAGAGCAAGUGCAUGAAGCCUCCCAGUUGUCUCAAUUACCACCACCAACUCUGCCUCCAGUGCCCCAGACAAAUAUGGCUCCUUCUGAUCCACUGCAGUCUUCCUUGUCUCCAGAACUGGUUCCAGCUGCUCCUCAUCCUCCUUCUCCAGGAGAUGAAACUAACAUGGAAGCCUCUUCCUCAGAUGAUCAGCCUGCUUCCCUCACAAUAGCACAUGUCAAGCCAAGCAUUAUGAAAAAGAAUGGAAGCUUCCCCAAAUACUACGCUUGCCACCUUUGUGGUCGACGGUUCAACUUGCGAAGUAGUUUGCGUGAGCACCUCCAGAUCCACACAGGAGUGCCAUUCACAUCUAGCCAGCAAGGCGAAAGUAGUGUGCCCAUGUCUCUUUGUAAUAAUGUUCCUGAAAAAGAUGCUAUGGAAGUGCCUGAAACUGGAAUGAUCAGUGAUAGUGAGCUGCAGCAGAUCUCAGAUUCACCCAUUAUUGAUGGACAGCAGCAAGCCGAAACACCACCUCCCUCUGACAUUGCUGACAUAGACAACUUGGAGCAGGCAGAUCAAGAAAGAGAAGUUAAAAGACGAAAGUACGAAUGUUCCAUUUGUGGACGCAAAUUCAUACAGAAAAGCCAUUGGAGAGAGCACAUGUACAUACAUACUGGGAAGCCUUUUAAAUGCAGCACCUGUGACAAAAGUUUUUGCCGGGCCAAUCAAGCUGCUAGACAUGUAUGUCUAAACCAAAGCAUGGAUACGUACACUAUGGUAGACAAACAGACUUUGGAGCUUUGUACUUUUGAGGAAGGCAACCAAAUGGACAACAUGUUGGUACAGACCAACAAACCAUAUAAAUGCAACUUGUGUGACAAAACAUUCUCCACGCCUAAUGAAGUUGUCAAACAUUCGUGUCAAAGUCAGAACUCUGUCUUUACACUAGAAGAGGAUAGAUCCAUUCUGCUUGGCAGCGGGGAUGCAGAAACCACAGAGAGUGAUCAUUCAGUUUUAGACUCUAUCAAAAAAGAACAGGAAGCCGUUUUGUUAGACUGACUAUAAACCCGUAUCAUUUUUUAAGAAAAUGGGAAAAAUGUGUUAUUAAUUUUUACUAAACCUAUUCUCCUCCCCUUCCCCACCUAUAACUACACUGACAUGCAAGGAACUCUGACUCUGUCCUUUUUCCCAAGGAAAAAUAUAAAAUUAAUAAAGGGUAUUGUACAAAAUUAUAACAAUUGAUUUUAAUACAGAAGAGUGUGUGUAAAAGUAAUUCAGCUAACUGCUCUAGUGCUAAAAUGCAUUGUAAGGGUCCAGGCAAGUUUUAAAAUUGCCAAAAUGUAUACAUCAAUGCAGUGAGCAGCAUGAUAAGGAAAAGAAAGAAAACCCAGGCUUAUUGAAGUACAACUUUACUUUAUAACAAAUGGUAUUUUAGAGGAAAACUAAUUGGGGGUACAGAAAUCUAAUAAUCAUAUAGCUAUGAUGCAUCCUCGUCAUUUUACAAAGGUUCAGAAAUUCCCUUAGUGAACCAGGGAUACUUUUUAAUGUGCAAGAAUUUUGUCAGGUGGUGUUUCCAGGUAACUACUGACAUGUUCAUUCAGGAAGUGUACUGUUAAAGCUGUGACCUCAAGCACACUGGCUUGGUAAGAAGUCCCACUGACAGCAGUAGGGCUGAAAUUUCCAGGUAUAAAUGUGUUUAGGAUCAGAUUUUACUAAAAUAGCGGUAAUAAUGUGAUGGCAAUCUUUUUUUAUAUGCAUAAAAUGUUUGUGUGUGUGUCUGUGAACUUCUGGUAAAUGCAGGUAAAUAUAUGCAUGCACCCUUUCCAAACAAACAGCCCAUGAGUUUUGAAUAACUAAAGAAUUUUAAUAUCUGAAAAAUUGAUCCUUGUAAUAAUAUUUAAAUUGGUCCAGGGUGUAUGCAUCACCUACCUUAUAGAACGGAAACCAUUGAUGAUAGUGGUGCAGAAGUAUUGUCACUCCAAAUGCAGAGGAAAUCAGGUAGAGAAGAAUUGUACAUAGUGAGCCCUGUGCUAAGCAUGUGGAGGAAUUGAUUAAGUCUUUGUAGAGUCACAGGAACAGGAAAAACACUUCUAGGUUACUGGGUUUUGUUUUUUGUUUUAUAAAAAAAGCAAACACAAAAUAUAAUCUGAGUUUACCCAAUUAAUAUGAAGGAUUGAAGGGAAAAGGAAACUGGUCUUUUAAAAAAAUUAAUUCCUAGCAUCCCCUUGUCUCAUAACAGAAUGCAGAAGAAUGAUUUUAAAAAAUUAUCAUGGUUGGUUUAAAAAAAAAAUAAUGCGACAUUCAGUGGGAAACUGUAUGUUCUGUUCCGUUUAUCUUAGGCUCCAAUCAGGCAAAAUACUGUAUGCCAAAAUUAAAGGGGAUGUACAUACUGGACAGUACAACUAAUCAAGUUGUUGAUUUUUAAUUUUAAUUUUUAUUUUUAAUAUAUAAAUACCCAACUAUUUUCCAGUAGUAUUAAAAAAGAAAAACUCCCAAGUUGAAGUGAGUGAUAAGUACCCAUGGGAAAGUUUCAAUUAGGUGGACAUCCCAUCUGAAAUGCAGACAGUGUUUUGCUGGGGGACAGGGAGGCAGAUAGAGCUGCUUUUUGUAUACAUGUUUUAUUUGAGUAUCAUCCUACUUUGUGUCUAGUUAUGUUCUACAGUUUGUAAGUUUUUAUACAUUAUUUCAUGGAAUAAAAAAACUAUAUAAAAU